AUGCCUACCAAAUUCAAGCUAAACACUGGCGCUGAGAUUCCGGCCAUUGGCUUCGGAACCUGGCAAGAUGCAGAUUCGCAAGAGGCUGCUGUCGGUGAAGCGAUCAAAGCCGGCUACCGUCACAUCGACACGGCCCGAGUCUACCUCACCGAAAAAGCAGUUGGAAAAGCUAUCGCCAAAAGCGGCGUCCCACGCAAUGAACUCUUUGUCACCACGAAACUAUGGAAUACCAAACACCAUCCCGACGACGUUGCCGGUGCUCUCCAACAAUCUCUCACCGACCUAGGUCUUGACUAUGUCGACCUAUUCCUAAUCCACUGGCCAGUUGCCUGGAAACGCGGCGAAGAACUCUUCCCCAGAAAGGGCGAGGAGUAUAUCCUCGAAAACAUCGACGUCGUCGACACCUACAAAGCAAUGGAAAAGCUUCUCAAAACAGGCAAAACCAAAGCCAUCGGCGUAUCCAACUGCUCCAAAUCCGAAAUGGAGCGGCUAGUCAAAGAAGCAUCUGUCAUACCAGCAGUGCACCAAUUGGAAUGCCACCCCUGGCUCCAACAAGAGGCUUUCACUGCAUGGCACAGACAGAAAGGAAUUCACGUCACGCACUAUUCGCCCUUUGGAAACCAGAACUCCUUCUAUGGAGAUAAAGGAGGGACGGCGAAAUUGAUCGAGGAGCCGCUUUUGGCGGAAAUUGGAGGGCAGUAUGGGAAGAAUGCUGCGCAAACCUGCCUUGCGUGGGGUGUUACGCAGGGUCAUUCGGUGCUUCCGAAGUCUAAAACGCCGUCGCGGAUCAAGUCCAAUUUGGAGAGUGAUUUCAAGUUGAGUGCAAAAGAUAUGGAGAAUAUUCGGACGCUUAAUAAGAAGAUUCGGUUUAAUGAUAGUAGUGGGGAGUUUGGAAGGGACUUUUUUGAUGGUUGUGAAGAUAAAGCAAAUGACGUCAUGAUCAAGCUUAACAAGGGAGCUUUUGGGAACCUCGAGCAAUUUACAACCACCCAAUCGCACCCCACAAUCAAAUUAAUCAUGGUUACAACCUCACAUGGAUUCGCCCUAGUUACUCCCGCCUCACGAGGUAUAGGCUUCGCAUUCGCGCAGCAGCUCCUAGCACGAACAAACAUUCCCUUCGUGGCAACAGCGCGUAAGAACUGUGACCAAGUCCGAGACCAGCUCCUCUCCACCAAAGGAUUACAACCGAGCGCAGAAAAAAGAUUACGUAUACUCAAGGUAGACGUGAAAGAUGAAUCCACCAUCUCAUCCAUGGCGGAGACUAUACGUCAGGAAUUACCCGAUACACCACUUCGCCUGGCCCUAACAAUGCCUGGAAUAUUGCACGUUGAGAAAUCUCCAUCUCAAAUUGACGCAGCGAAUGCGCUGGAUAGUUUCCAAGUCAACGCUCUCGGUCCAUUGUUACUCAUGAAACAUCUCUCGCAAUUCAUGCCCACGAAAUCAUCCCCUGCAUUUUCAGUCUCUGACGACAAUUCAGAAGAGUUGCUAAAACUCCCAUCCCACGCAGUCUACGCCAUGAUGGCAGCGCGCGUCGGCUCGAUAUCUGAUAAUAACUCCGGCGGCUGGUACUCCUACCGCGCAAGUAAAGCGAGUGCUUUCCAGAUUGUUAAGACUUUCGAUUUGUAUUUGAGGAGUAGAUGUGGCGAGAGGGCGCUUACUGUGGCGUUGCAUCCUGGUACUGUUAAGACAGAUUUUACGAAGGAGUUUUGGAAGGGGAGGGAAAUGCUUGAGCCAGCGGAUUCGGCGGAGAGGUUGUUGAAGGUUCUUGUGGAGAUGGAGCCAGGGGUUAAAGGUGGGAGGGGACGAUGCUGGGAUUGGAAAGGAGAGGAAGUUGUCCCUUAA